ACCAGAUACUGACACAGUGUACUCGUAUGUAUGUACAUGUUCCUGAACACGACCUCGGGCCCUUAAAAAAGCGGUACGGUAGCCGAAAUAAGGUGGCCCCGGUACCUUCCUCGUCAUAACUCCGACACGGUCUAAAACAGAGUUUACUUGUAGGACACGCGCUGCUCGGAAGCAACUUCCCCACCGAACGGCGCUCGUGUACUGUCGUCAGCUGUGUAGGUAGGAGGACCUCGAGUGGAGAUGCAACUUGGAAACUUUACUUGAAUUCAGGAACUUGUGCUGGCAUUUCCAACAUAUAAACUCAUCUUGCUCCACGGUUAAGAACAUAAUCUUGAAGCACCUAAACCACCGUCCAGAGUUGAAGAGAAAAACACACAUGGGAUUUUUAUACCGGCCGAGGAUUUUAUUACCCGAAGAAGAAGACAAGAGUUUUUAACGCCAAGUUGAAAAGAAAACUUUUGAAAAACAUUGGAGAGCAAUCAUGUCUACUUUUCCACAGUUCGGUUAUCCUUAUCCAGCUUCUUCUCAGUUACUGAUGUCCGCAGCCACACCAGCAUCGUCAUGUUGCGAGAGCGGCCGACCGGUCGUGACAGAUCCACACACCGGGCAAGCGGUGUGUUGCUCCCCACUGGACAACCGUGCCACCGCGCUACUUCACUCCCGAGUUGCCGGACUCCCUGCCCUGUACUCAUCGCCGUAUGCUACCGACCAGGGCUUCGUUCACUUCGCUGCAGAUCCGUCUGCAUUCUAUUCACCUCUCAAUUCAGCGUACGAUUUAAAAAGUAACACCGAGGGUUGGAGCGCACUGGCCCAGCCCACUGCCUGCUACCCGUACGACCCAACCACAUAUCAGUACUACGGUGAUAGAUAUGGGGCGAUGGAUUUGAACGGAGCCAGACGCAAGAACGCAACGCGUGAAACCACGAGUACGCUAAAAGCCUGGCUCUACGAGCACCGUAAGAACCCGUACCCCACUAAAGGAGAGAAAAUCAUGCUGGCCAUCAUCACCAAAAUGACCCUCACUCAGGUCUCCACGUGGUUCGCUAACGCCCGAAGACGCCUCAAGAAGGAGAACAAGAUGACGUGGUCACCGAGGAAUCGGUGUGGCGACGGCAGGAAAGAAGAUUACGAAUCGGACGAGGAUCACGAUCGGGAUGACGACAUGGAGGGAUUAGGGACAGAUCUGGACAGUAAUCCUAACGGACCAUUGUCAGAUGUUGAAGGAAUCAGAGAAGAGAAUAACAACGAGAAAGACGACGAGGAUGAGGAUCAGGAAAUCAUCGUGAGUGAUUGUAGUAGUAACAGUGUUCCGCGUCUUGUGUCGCGAGUACCGCCCGGGUUUCUCAGCACCGACACCGGUAGAGACUCAAUAAGUGUCAUUGUCGAUGAUGAUGAUGUUGAAGAUGAUCGCCAUCAUCAUGUGCAGAGAUCCAGAGAACAAUUCAGCCCAGUUUGCCGAAACAAGAGAAGCCCAAGUCCAACCCCCUUGCCGUCCACCAUCAGGGCAACAUGUAGGCCUACCUCUAGAUCAUCCCCGUGCGAUAAACCGCUGCCCAGCAGACAGACUGAAAAACCAAAGAUUUGGUCGCUGGCCCACACGGCCACAUCGAGUAGUCCCGAGCGAGAGAGGCGAUCCAGAUCCCCCGUUCGGUCCCCCGUACACAGCGGCGUGGCAGCCAUGCCGGCCAGUCUAGCGCAGAACUUCCGUACACCGUACGACUCACCUAUGAGUUCACUACGGCAAUGGGUAGAUGGACAAUUCCACGGAGGGUUGCCUAUACCGAGGAUGGCGACUGGAAUCCCCAUGCAUCAACUGUCAGCUGCCGCUUCGAAUCACCAAGGAGCGCCGACGUGUGUUGUGAGCAGUUCACAAGGACCGCUGUUCUCCACAGUGCCCGGGCACGGCGGCAACAGGUACCCCCUCCUAGCACACGAUGUAUCAGUCUUACAUAAUGGUUUAUCUGUCUCAACAUCACCUCAGAAAGAAGUUGACUCGAGGCGAGAGAGUUCAGAGAGUCGUGAAUCGGAGGAGCCGAUGAGGACAGCUUUUAAGCCAGUCCCGAGGAGAUAAAGAUUGUGAACCAAAAGGUCAUCUGUCUGCGCAGACUCAACGACACCAUUCUGAUUGGUUGAGACGACUCAAAAACACGUCGCCAGACGUGACGUCAGUCGUUUCAUGACGUCAUCAUUUGAAUAAUAGUGAGACUCCGUUAUUUUGAGUAACUUCCGACCAAGAUGCUGGGUUGUGCGAACUUUCUGAGUUUCGAACACGUGAUCUGCACGGCCUAUAGGAAGUGCUCAACUGCCGUACGCUGUUAUUGGUCAAUGGAACGCAAUUUGGUGUGGAAACCUGACGUCUAUAUAGUCAGCUCGGUUGUGAUUCGGCCGAUCAGCGAUGAAAUGAUCAUAUGGUGUCUAGUUCCUGACUCGUUUAAAUGUGACCUCACACCGUAGCAUCACGGACCUUACAUCCAUCCAAUGAGGUACCAGUCCACUAGGGUGGAAACUUAUUUAUAGAAAACAGACAAACUUUUUCCUUUUUGAUGUUACAUCUGAAGAUGGUCGUUGUAGAUUGAAGAUUUCCCCCACUUAACACAAAACAAUAGUUAUUUAUUUAAUGAGAGAUAUUCAUUGAAGUUAUAUGUUUUUAUAAGACUGUGUUAGUAAAUGUUGCAUUUUUUUUUAAAUAAAUGGAGGUCCAUAGCGGAUAUUAUAUUAUGAAUAAUGUAUGUAUAUAAAGGUCUCUCUAAAUGACAUUAAAAUAUGUUUUAAUCUGCCAUAUGGGAUUGUGACAAAGGUCGCCAUUUCGGAUUCAAUUUCACUCCGUACUUUGGCACAUUCAAAGUGUAGUGGCAUUAUGACCACGGACUGAACGACGCUCAUGAAGCGCCAUGUUGACUGGAAAGACACGACGCAGUAUCAAAAUGAGCUAUUCUGAUUGGCUAUGCGACAGUGUCGUCAUUAUUCAAUCGGGUUUAUCUAGCGCCCCAUUGGUUAAUCCAAUCUAUGGCGAAACAGCUACACCCAUCCCAGAGAUAUCUCGAGGGACAAAUGCGGGAAAACGUUAUGUUUUUAUUUGUAACGAAAAUUAAGAAAGUUUGAAGGAGAAAAAACAACAUUUUGUAUUCGCUGUGUCACCCCUAAAUAAACGUAAAAUCAAUUAAAAUGGUAUUCUAUCGAUUAUUUAAAUCCUAAAUGUUGCAUAAAGUUAACUUUAUGUAGGCGUACACAUGUACUGAAUAUUUGACUGAAUUUUCCUCUCUAAAAAACUACAACAGCAGCAACAUCAUGUUGUCGUUGUACCAAAGUUGACUUGUCUUUCUACAAUCCAAUAAAUGGUUUGUCAAAGACUGCAACAAAUUAUGAGGUUAAUAUUUCAGUACAAAUACCAUGUAAACCUAACUUAAUGCCCCACAAGUUGAUCACCAGCAAUCUUUCGUUUUCAAGUCUCGAAAAAGUGGCUCUUAGAUUUGAUAUAUGGCUUUUCUUGAUGCUGGAUGAAUGAGAUUUUAUACAGUUACACUGUGACGUCAGAGAGGGAUUUUGCGUCUUACAAACUCGAGUUCUUUAAGAAGUUUAAACACAUCGUCUAGAAGAUGAUGAUGCAAGUUGAAGAGUUUGUGACCAAAUACCCCUCAGUUGUCUCAUGCAAAAUGAUCGAAAUUCAAGAAGGGGUCAAAUAUAUUCAGACAAUGGAGAGGUUGUUGUACGGUUGCCAUGGCAAAAUGGUGCUAUUGUCGAUUUGUUUGCGUCAAUUCGUCGUGGCAAGUGUGUUAACUGAUACAUCCUUCUUGAUGCAAGUUUCAAUAACUUAAAUAGAAUUUUUGUUUUGAUUAUCCCUUUUUUUUUACCUAAAGGUUAAUUUUAAAAUGUUAAAUCUUGAUACAAAACCUUUAAGAGAAUACUUUCCACAUACAAAAAAAAAAA